CUUCGAUGUCAAGCAAACGCCGGCAAGCGCCAUUGCGUAGGCCUCGUCUGCUAGCCUUCAGACAUGGCGGAACAUUCGACGUGUUUGCGCUUUUAGAAAGCGACAGCGCGUUUACCGCCCAAGGAGGCCUCGCGCACUUUGUAAAGCCGAUCUAGUCGACCUCGUAAGGCGCCUUAAUCUUAAACCAUCCAACGCGGCUCGCCGCGUAGCGUACUCACUGCGCCAUGAAGAGAGACGUGCUGAUGAUGCACGAACGGAGUGUGUUCCGUACGCCGCCGGACUUCACGGUGCUUGCCGAGAAGUACUUCGACUUCUCGCAGCACGUCACCUACAACACGCUGGGCAAAGCCAAGCUCGACUUCAAGGAUGCCGACUCGCAGCGGGCGCUCUCCAAGACGCUGCUCAAGCACUUCUUCGAGCUGGACGUGCGGUUGCCGCAGGGUCGACUGGUGCCGGCUGUGCCGCAGCGUCUAAACUACCUGCUCUGGGUCCAAGACCUGGUCGAGAAGGUCUUAGAGAGGAAAGACAACGUCGUGGCACUCGAUGUCGGGACGGGAGCAUCAUGCGUGCUGGCGUUGUUGGGUCACAAGCAGUGCGGCUGGGACUUUGUGGGUACCGAGACGGAUCCCAUUGCCGCCACUUCGGCCACAGAAAAUGUGACCCGCAACAGCCUUGAGGAUCACGUCAAAGUGCUGGAGGUUGGCUCACUCGUUGAGGCUGUGGAGAAGACGGAGUCGCACAAGUUUGACGUGUGUGUCUGCAACCCACCCUUUUUCACAUCGGCCGAGGAGGCAGAUGCCAAGACGAAGGCCAAGGAGCAAGGGCGCACUUCUCCAUCUUCGGACAUGGGGGGCGUCGAGUCAGAAAAGGUUUGGGCAAACUCGGGAGAGACAGGCUUCUUCAAGGACGUCUUGCUGCGGGACAGCCUCAUACUGCGGGACAAAAUUGGCCUGUACACCUGUAUGCUGGGCAAGAACAGCAGUGUGAAGGAGGUGCUCAGUGCUCUUCAAAACAAGGUCAAGUCCUCUCGUGUUGCAGAGUUUCACCAGGGAAAGACAACUCGCUACGCCGUCGCGUGGACCUUUCUCAACGUCAACCUCCAAAAGCUUCCGUACUCCAAGGUGCGACAGCAGAAGCAGCAGACCAAGAUUGAACUGGUGCUGCCGCACUCGCAAGUACCGGUCACCCUGCGGGUUCACUACGUCUGGCGGGAACUGAUCAGCGCCCUCAACUCCAUCGAGGUCCCCUAUGAGAUCAUCAACGAGGGUCAGAACAUGUGCCACCUGUGGGUCAAGGCCAAGGAGAACACGUGGACGCACCUGAGGCGCAGGCGCCGGGAGAUGGAGCGCAAACGCCGCAUGCAGGAGGAGGCCAAGAAAGCCGAAGAAGCCCAAAAGCCCAGAGACGAGCCUCCGGUCGUCGAGCAGACACAAGACUCACCAAAGCAAGGGGACGCUAACUUGGAGGCGUCUGUCAAAAAAGAGGCAUCUGAUGCUGAAUCUACGACGGAGCCAUCAAAGUUGGACGAGACCACUGCUCAGCCCGUUGGUUCUUCUUCGGACAAGCCCUGUAAUAUGGAAGUUGAUAAACAAGAGCCAACCGAAUCGUUAAGCGAACCGGUCACGGAAGGAAAUCCAGCAUUAGAGCUGCCCGAGCAGUCCGCUGCUCUGUCUCAGAGCUCCACGAACGGGCCGUUGUCGGAAGCCGAGCCAAGCGAAUCCACCGACGUGCCCGCCGAGGAACAGGAGGCAGCGUCGGAGUCUUCCGCUGUCCCGUCGGAAGCUGAGGAUCCUUCGGCUGCUGUCACUUCCUCAAAUCACGUGCCACCACAGCCAGAUCCUGCACCGUUGCCCGAGCAGUUGCCGAGUUGGUUGACCCCGGAAGAGGCCAUGGAAGGCGACGUCAGCGCCGAUAGCGAUAGCUACGAAAGGGACGGCGUCAAGAGGAAACAGGAAGACGACGGUGCCGCAGACGAGCCGCCAAACAAGAUUCAACGCCAGGAUCACAGUGACAAAUCCUCCGAGGAAAGUGCAGAUGACAUGGCAGCCGACGAAGGCGUCGGAGGGGCCAAUCCCGAACCGGACAACACGCCGUUGCUUCUGAGCACCGACAUAAGAGUUCGGCGCAUCUACGCCGACAUCGUCAUCCACAUGACCAUCCGAAGCGGCCAAUCAGACGUGGCGCAUCAGUUGUUGCAGUACAUCAAGAACUGCCUUUGGGGAGUGUAACCCUGCAGACUCGUUUGACACUGCAUCCCUCAGUGGCUGUAUUUGUUUUGUUUUUUUCUUGUCUUUUUUUUUCUUCAUGUUUUGCACAUUUUGGGACUGUCAUUACGUUUGUCACUUCAUCUGUGUUGUGUGAAUGUGUUGGUGUGAAGAACUACUGUCAGAGAGGGGUGUGUUAUUUGGUGUGAAUGUUUCAUUUGGUUGCGGUGCACAUUGAGCAAAAAAAAAAAGAAAUGAAAAAAUGGACUGGCACCUUUUCAAGCGUCCUUUUAUCCUGCAAUGCAUUAAAAUCUCGUACAAGCUCUUAAGCAUGCUUCUUUUUAUUUUGCGUCAUUAUUUGUUUUGGUUUUUUUCUAACUAGGAAUUAAAUAUUUCCCCAGUCAUUCCAAAAUGG